CUCUCACACACGCACUCUCACACACACUCACUCACACACACACACACAUCUGUUCCGAUCUCCAGCAGGAGACAUAAAGACGGCUCUCAAACCAUGUACAAGUUGAUUUCUCUGACGUUGAUUUCACUGCUGGCUGUUUUCGGGCCGUAUGUGAUCGCAGGAGGACGCUUUGAGCGAACCAUCAGCAGACCUUUCAGAUCUUUGCUGAGGGUCCAUAACGGGAUGAGAUGGGGCUCGUGGGGUCAGAAGGAAAUGUGUCCGACUGGAAUGUAUGCCACAGGCUUUAGUCUUAAGGUGGCAGAUAUGUGGGAAUCUCUGCUGGUUGGUGAUAACACAGCGCUCAAUGGGAUUCGUCUUCACUGCAUCAACCCGUCUAAAAGCUCAUCGGGCCCGUACGAGGACUACGCCACAGUUCAGUCCGAUGUAGGAAGCUGGGGAAAAUGGUCAGAUAUCAAAUGGUGCUCGAGUGGAUUUCUGACAUCUUUUCAGCUGAGAGUGGAACCCUACAAAGGGAUCAUGGACGACACGGCCGCAAACAACAUCAGGUUUAACUGCAGUGGAAAUGCGGAAAUGCUGCAGGGAUCUGGGAUGUCGUGGGGCGAAUGGGGCGACUGGAGCGAGACGUGUGGAGGAAAAGGAAUCUGUGGCAUCGAGACGAUGGUGGAGCAGCCGAAGGGAGUCGGAGACGACACGGCCCUCAACGACAUGCGCAUGUACUGCUGUGAUUGAACUGAUUGGUUGUUUCAGAAACAAAUCAUAUGGUGGAAUUUUUUUAAUACAUCAUAAGUAAAUAUAUCUUCACUAUUGUAGCAUAUUAACUAAGUUUUCUAUUUUAAGUUGGGAACAUUUGAUUCAAUUUGCUGAUUUAGUACUUAUUUUUAAGAUCUUAAAUGCACUGUAAAAAAUGACCGUGAAUUUAACGGUAAAAGACUGUAAAAAUGC